CGCCCGCCUCCCUGCCUGGCCGCCGGGCGGGACGGCGCUGCGCAGGCGCCGAGGCGAAGCGCAGAUAAAGCGGCGGCCGGGCGGGCCUGGCAGACGGCCGGCGGGCCCGGGCGGCAGCGCCGCGCUUCCUCCGGGAGAGGCCGGCCGUGGGGCGGCGCGUUGCGUUGCGUUCCCCGCGGGCGAGCCGGGGGGCGGCGGGGGCGAUGCGGGCCGCUUGGGUGCUGCUGACGGCGCUGGCCGCCCUGGCUGCAUACUACGUGUACCUGCCGCUGCCCGGCGCCGUGUCGGACCCCUGGAAGCUGAUGCUGAUGGAUGCCGCUUUCCGGGCGGUGCAGCAGACGUGUCACCUGAUUCACUAUCUGAGACUCAGCCAUCACUUGAUAGUUCUGAAUUAUUUGAUUUAUACCUUUGACAUGCUGAAGUCAGCCUCCUCUGAAGACAUUAACAUCACGGAUGCUAUUUUUGACGGUGUGAAAGUCAGAGUGUUUGAACCUCCUGCGAAGCGAGAUGAUGAAAGGCUCAAGCGCAGCGUUGUUUACAUCCACGGAGGGGGCUGGGCCUUGGCAAGCGCAAGAACAAGCCUUUAUAACAAUCUCUGCGGAAUCAUGGCUGAAUCUCUCAACGCUGUCAUUGUCUCAGUUGAAUACAGGCUGGUACCAGAGGUGUGCUUCCCUGAGCAAUUCCAUGACGCUCUUCGUGCUACUAAGCAUUUUUUGCAGCCUGAUGUCUUAGCUGAGUACUCGGUUGACCCAAGUCGAAUUGCAAUUUCUGGCGAUAGCGCAGGAGGAAAUUUGGCAGCCGCUGUGUGUCAGCAGCUUAGCAAAGAGGAGAAUUUGACCGUCAGACCAAAACUGCAGGCUUUAAUUUAUCCAGCCCUUCAGGCAUUUGACUUCAAUACACCUUCUUACCAGCAGAACAUGAAUAUGGCCAUUCUUCCUCGUUCCAUCAUGAUCAACUAUUGGAUAGAUUAUUUCAGUGGUAAUUAUGACUUGGUUCACUCGCUGCUGAUUAACAACCACACUGCUCUUGAUGUUGGCCAAGCUCUCUCUUUCAGAAGACAUCUGAACUGGACAUCUCUACUGCCUUCAUCGUUCAAAAAGCACUACAAGCCUGUAAUACAAACCACAGGCAAGGCUGAAAUCAUCCAGGAGAUACCAGCGCUGCUUGAUGUACGAGCAGUCCCGCUCCUUGCCGAAAACGAAACUCUGCAGCUGCAGCCGAAGACUUACAUCCUGACGUGCGAGAAUGAUGUCCUGCGAGAUGACGGGGUGAUGUACGCCAAGCGCCUGGAGAACGCCGGCGUGGAAGUCACGCUCGAUCACUUUGAUGACUGCUUUCAUGGCUGUCUGAUAUUCACCGUUUGGCCUACUGAUUUCUCUGCGGGCAUUCAGACCAGGAAAAGCUAUAUAAAAUGGCUGGAUGAAAACCUCUGAAGAGAGGGUGUCUCUUGAAGACCCAGGGUGUGCAGCUCUGGUGUCCUUGCUAAAGAGCAAGCAACGAAAAAGUGCACUUUUCCAAAUUCAGACUUCACCCAUUCAGCUGCAGCUGCUGGUGGUUACAGACCACCCACUACAGCCUUCACUCGCUCCGUGGGCCUUGCCCAGCAGAGCAUUCUGAGAAAUACUUUUUCAAACUUUGAUUUCUUUCCCGCCCCCCCAUUUUUCCAGAUUACGAUUGCCAAACAUAAACAAAUGUUGAGCAGGGAGAUCAGCAUUCCUGUAACGUUCUUAACUGGCUGCAACUUUCAAACUUUGACUCAAUUAGGUGCAAAGGCCACAAUUUUCAAAUGAUGUGAAGUAAAGCCAAACACCUACAUCUACGUCUGAAUAUGCAAAAAUGGAAGCUACUUUUCAGCAGUUCUGAGCACUUGAUGUCAAAGAAAAUGUGAGCUGCUCUCACCUUUGACAGCACAGCCGUGCAUUUGAAUGUCAGGCAUGGAUUUAGGGGCUGGCUUUUACGCACAUAGACAAAUGGCUUGUUUAAAUUAAAAAAAAAACACCAAAAAACACCAAAAAACCCCCCCCCAAAAACCCCAAAACUCUUCUAGGCAGUUAAGAUGAUGCUAGACAAGUCUCCUAGCCAAACAUGUAAUUCAGCUUUGGAAUUUGGUCUUUAUCGCCUUUUAUUUAUUUAUAUUUUAUAAAAGCACAGGACUAAAUAUAUUUUGAAUAAGUAUUACAGCAUACGUACAAAUAUAUAGGAUAAAAUACUAUGUGUAGUAGCAGAAUCCAGGUUGUUUCUGUGAGUGAGCUUCAAAGCUGACUACCUGUUUGGCUAAAGAAUGUGACUUCGUCUGUGUUUAAAGCCUCAGCUUCAUAACCUCCUUACAGAAAAUACUGAGGAUACUAAAAAAAAAAAAAUCUACUGUGUGGUUUGCACUAAUGUUUGUAAUAGUAGUUUUUGUUCAUUGACUUUUCUUUUGUGCUUGUAGUGUUUAUUAUAUUACGUGCUUCCCGGAAGGAGGGAAGCAAGUAAAUAGAAGUGGGCUCUAAUCUAUACGGAAGAUUUAAAUCUGAGCUCUGCAGCUAAACUUCGUCUGUCUUGUAGACUGACCCAAACACUAGGUAAGACGAUUUCACUGUUGUGCAGCAAACCUCUACGGAUUGAGGCAGUCUGUAAAAUUCAGACAGGCAGGACAGGGAAGUGAAACCACUUGCGACAGCAUAUAUUGUCCAGGAUGCUUACUGUUUGCAGGAAUGAAGGUUGUGUCAAAAGCCCAGUGUUUCUAGACAAAGAGGAGAGAAUGACUGCCCUGUGACUAAAGUGGUGGAUUAAAUUCAUCCUCAGCUUUACCAGAGACUUCCUGUGGGACCCCAGGAGAAGAACUUAAUCUCCUUAUGCCUCACUUCUGCAAGAGAGGAAGCAGUAAUUUCCUACCUCACAAAGGAGCUGUGAAGCUGAAUCCACAGGCGUUGAUCCGGUAGCUUUCGACUUUCCAUCCUUCUCUAAUAGCUGGCUCCGAGGAGGAGCCUGGCCCACGACGGCUGGUGCUGCUAGACUGCAGGUCCUCCUGGGCGGUUAGCUCAUCUCUGUCCUUGCUCCUGUGAAAGUACUGUGAGAUCAGGCUUCUUGGCUCUUGGGACAUCAUGACAGCAUUUCUUACGGCAGGAUUCUGAAAGGUUCUUUAAAAAAGAAAAAAAAAGGCACUGGUGGAACGAACUGCCUUCUGUCAUUUAAAAUGUAUACAGACCAGUCCACUUUCACUGGUAUUUAAAUUAAAUAAGAGAAUGGCUUUGCUGAAUCCUCGCUUCCUAGAAGCAUCAGGUUGUUAUUGUGGUUGUAUGUAUUAAGAAAAGCUGUUAUGAGACAAGGCCCCAAUGUAGGCUCAGUCAUGCAGGCUCAGGUUUGUUUCUGGGCACAGGUUCACGUGAAGGUCACAAGCUGAAGUUUUUUCAACAGUGUCUCAGAUUCUUCUUCCAUUUAGAUCUUGUAAGAUCUAAUUAGCAACUGAUUGAAAUGUGCUAUCAAAAUGAAGAACAAAUAAAUAAAGUUAAAUAUAGCUGUGA